GCAAAAUAUUUAAAAAAGACAAUGAAGAAAAACAAUAUGCAAGUGCAGGAAUAGCUUUUAGGAAUUUUAUUAUAGGUUUUUUGUAUAAUUUUUCUUAGGUUUAAGGAAGGAAAAAAGAUUUAAAAUGUUGUGGAAACAUUUUAAAAAGGGAUCAAAAAGAAGCGUUAAUCGCUUUUGGUUUAAUAAUUGAAAUGUUUCAGCAGGGUCGCGUUAUAAUUGUUUGGUUAUCUUGGCUUAUCGGAGGAAUUUGCGGUGUUAUUAUUUUGUUAAUUAUUAUAUGUUACUGCUGCCUAAUGCCGCGACAUCAGAAAUCGUUUGAUGAACAAUAUUUAAAAGAGAACUACACAAUAAAAGAGGGACAUAGCUACACAUGUCAAGAUAGUUACAGAAUUAAACACACAGAGGUGCAAGUACAACGGCACACCAGGCCAGCGAGUUACGCAGGGGACGCAGAAUGUAGGCACCAGCGGGAGGCUCGACCGCAGGCACACUGCUAUGUGAAUAGAGUACCGGAUACUCCCCGAGAUGCUGCGCAAUAUGCUUCCAGUGGGAUGCUAGACGAAAUAGAGGGUGCGGCAAGUAUAGACGCCUUGAAGACUCGCUCACUGCCCGCCUUCCUCAGACCCAAGCAGAGACCACUCUCUACUGAAGAUGAUUUGCACCAGUUGUAUGCUAAGGUGAAUCUGAGCAAAAAGUACAAGAACCGAAUGCGCAGCGAGCACGCGGCGAUCAUAGCGCUCAGCAAGUCGCACAGUCAGUUCCUCGACGCAGACGCCGUUAUUGUGUACGAUCAGAGGACUGCGCUCUAAUCUUAUCCCAAAGCUAUCCCACUUUAGUAUGGGAUUGGCAUGGCGGGUCCAAAUGUUUCGACAGUAGAAAAGAAAUUAUCAAAUAAAUUUUGACUAGAAUUUGUAUCCCAUCCCUUCAAUCGAACAUAUUUUAGAAUCUUCCAUCUUGUAGAAAUUAAAGACUUUUUAACGAAUUUUAUAAGCGUGAUUUAUUCAUUAUAUUAUUAACCCGAAAUUUCGCACACGUUACAUCGAGCGUGGACAAGAAGGUCUAUCCUUAGAGACUAGUGAAUAAAUUGCGUUUUAAAUCCGUUAAAAAGUCUUUAAUUCCAUUUUUUUAUUUUAAACAGAAACAUAGUACAUAGAUACAGUAGUUAUUUAUAUUACAUCUUUAUCCCUGAAAUACAUACCUAGGUAUCUUCUAUAUUUCACUACAGUCUAUUAGUUUCUACAUCAAUCAAUAGAAUAUCUAUUGACAUUUAUAGCUCAUGACUUCAUUAACUAUUUCACGUUAAAAAAAAUAAACAACAAUGAAAAUACCAUGUAAUUUUUCAAAUAUAGCCCUCUUGUAAGUCCCUUAUCGCUCUUUACAUAUCAUAACAGUAUUAAAAUUAAGAUACUCAGUACUCAAUAAGGUUUAGUGAAACAUACUGCUUCUAAAGACCUAACCCUAACCCUAUGCCAUUUUACUUUUAUGUUUUUCUAGAAAUAUCUAUGGAAAAUUGAAAAUUGCUACAAGAUUGUGUUAUACCGUGUCUAAUGUUGAUCGUACAGACAUUUUAAAAUUUUAAUUUUCCUAAGUUCCAAAGAAAAAAGUUUACACAAAAUGUCUACGGUAUAAAUUAUCAAUUCAUUUUGCUUUAGAUGUAUCAGUUAUGUUUGAGACUUUGGAAAAUAUUAAAUGUGAUUAAAAUUCGUGUGAUACAUGUAUCAAGUUGUUGCCUAAUGUCGCGCGUUAUACUCUGUGGUGUUCUCACGAAAUUUUAUCCGUUGAAUUUAAAUUUUCUCUACUUGUCAAAAAUUUUACCGAAGUUUUCAAAAAAAUCCUACUUAGUUAAAUAUGCCAAGACAUAUUUUUUAAAUUAUUAAAUCAGUCAAAUAUCACCUUUUUGUGUCAUUAUAAUUGGAAUUUAUAAAACACUAGCUUUCCCGUUCCCGUGGGAUUUCCGGGAUGAAACCUAUCCUAUGUGUUAGUCCAAGUUACCCU